AUGACGAUAUUUACGUAUCGCGUCGUCAACGCGUUCGUAAACAACGACACGAAAAACGAAGAGUUGAAAGGAAAUCCCGCCGCUGUUAUCGUUCUUGCGAGUGAUGAAAGCGGAAGCAUAUCGAAAGAAGAGAAGCAAACGGUGGCACGAAAGCUCGGUCUCUCUGAAACGGCUUUCGUUCGGGAAGACGUAAACAAGGGAGGAGGAAGGAAAUAUUUUAACAUCGAGUGGUUUUCACCUACGUGUCAAGUGGGUUUGUGCGGGCACGCGAGUUUAGCUUCUGCGGCGUGCCUUUUCCGUGAUGUUUUAGCAGCCAACGGUGAAAAACAAAGUUCUGAACCGAUCGUAUUUGUAUACGAUGAUGGAAAAAGUGAACUGGUUCUCGAGAGAUGCGAAAUAACAGGGGCGAUAACGAUGUCGUUUCCUGCGUCGCCCCCUGUUCCGGUUGCCGACGAGGAAGCUUCGCGCCGAAUCGAGCUCGUCAGAGAAGCGUUCGGAGACAGUCGUGAAGCACUCGCCGCAUCGCCAGUAUACGAAAAUUCAAUCGGAGAUACUUUUAUUUAUAUGGAGGAGACAUCCGUUCCAUCCGUGGACGAAAUAUAUUUCGAUUGCAAGAAGAAAGUCGACUACGAAAAGUUGGGAAAAGUUGGUGGAAGAGGCGUGGUCAUUACCGCACUCUCCAAUCCGGAGAAAAAGGAAUUGAUUGAUUGCGACUUUGUGUCGAGAUUCUUCGGACCAAACAUAGGCAUAGCCGAGGAUCCUGUGACUGGUUCGGCACACUGCGGAUUAGCGCCCUUCUUUAGAAAUAUUCUUCCUUCCUCGAUGGAUGGAAAAUUUCUGCGAGGGUACCAAAAGAGCGCGAGAGGCGGGUUGGUCUUAUGCAGAAUAGUGGCGGAUAAGGUAGAACUUCGCGGAUUUUGCUCGUUCGAUAAAGUAGACACGAUAGAAAUAUAG